GGCGGCGCUCGUGACGUUGCUGCUUUCGUUCAUCAUCGGCCCGUACCUCAUCCGUGCGCUCAAGCAGUGGCAGAUCGGGCAGCCCAUUCGAGGGGACGGGCCGGACAGUCACGCCUCCAAGGCGGGCACCCCCACCAUGGGGGGAACCCUGAUCGUGCUGUCGCUGGUGCUGUCCACGGUGCUGGUGGGGGACGUCACCAACGUGUACGUGCUGGUGGCUCUCGCGGUGACCGUGGGAUUCGCCGCCAUCGGCUUCGUCGACGACAUUCUCAAGGUCCGCCGCAAGAGCAGCCGCGGACUGGGCAUGUGGAGCAAGCUCCUGCCGCAGAUGGCCGUGGCCGGGGCGGCGACGGUGGUGCUGCUGCUGCAACCCGAUUUCAGCAGCACCGUGGCCGUUCCCUUUUUCAAGAACGUGCAGCCGGACUUCGGCAUCUGGUACGUCCCCUUCGCGGUGUUGGUGGUGGUGGGCACCUCCAACGCCGUAACCUCACCGACGGCCUGGACGGGCUGGCCAUCGGGCCGGGGCACGUGAAGUUCGCCGAAUACCUGCAGAUCCCCCACGUGUCCCGGGUCGGGGAGAUGUCGGUGUUCUGCGCGGCCGUGGCGGCGGCGGGCCUGGGUUUUCUCUGGUUCAAUGCCUACCCUGCCCAGAUCUUCAUGGGUGACGUCGGCAGUCUGGGGCUGGGGGCGGCGCUGGGGAUCGUCGCGGUCAUCAGCAAGAACGAGAUCCUGUUGGUGGUGGUUGGGGGCGUCUUCGUGGUGGAGGCCGUGUCGGUGAUCGUCCAGGUCGCGUCCUUCAAGUUGCGCGGCAAACGGGUCUUUCGCAUGGCGCCGAUCCACCAUCACUACGAGCUCAAGGGUUGGGCGGAACCGCAGAUCAUCGUGCGGUUCUGGAUCGUGUCGAUCAUUUGCGCGUUGUUCGCGUUGAGCACGCUGAAACUGCGCUGA